AUGCCCUCACUCCAAAAAGCAGACAUCCUAGUAAAAGUCGAUGCUGCUGGCGUUACCGGUGAUGAGAUCCUCUGGCCUGAGCUCUACGAAACUCCAACACGGGUCCCGGGCCACGAACUCUCAGGCACCAUCUCCGAGCUUGGCCCAGAUUAUCGCGGUCCUCUAUUAGUCGGACAGGAAGUCUUCGCUUUCUCUGCGGCAGACCAUGGGCAGUGUCAAGCCGAGUACGCUAUCUGCUCUGCAAACGAAGUCGCCCCGAAGCCAGCCUCCAUCUCCCAUCUUGAAGCGGCGGCGCUCCCAAUCCCCAUUUUGACUGCAUACGAGGCAGUUAUGGACUACGGAAAAGUCGCGCCCGGCAUGAGGGUUCUUGUAACGGGAGCUUCUGGUGCAGUGGGCAAAAUCGCUGUGCAGCUGAUCACGCAGCUUACGGGUGGCCAUGCAAUCGCCAUAGCUUCGCCUCAAAACCACGAUAUCUUGAGGCAGCUUGGUGCUCAAGAGGUGGUAAGCUACACCAUGCCUGACUGGGAAUCAAAGGUCGAGGCUGUGGACAUCAUCUUUGAUACUGUGGGUGGAACAGUCCUGAAGAAGACCUGGGCGACUGUGAAGGAGAAUGGGUUGAUUAUCACUGUUGGGGACCCACCUCCGUCCUGGGCAAUCAAAGACGUUCAGCCUGAUGAGGCUUCUUGUAAACCCAAGGUGCGGUACAAAUACUUCAUCGUGUCUCCCAAUGCCGAGAGACUUCUCCAGGCAUCAGCCAUGAUUGAUGCUGGCUCGAUGAGGCCAUUAGUGGUGAAGCCAUUCGCUUUUGAGGAAGCGGAGAAAGCUUGGUCGUAUUCUAGACAGCGAGGCAGACAACAGAAGGCUAUAAUUGCUUUCAUAUAG